AUGUGCAAUACGGAAAUAUCGACAACAAAAGCCACGCCGAUCGUCGACAGCGACAGCGACACUCACACCAGCACCAAUCUCACGAAUCCGCAGUCUUCCCGAGAAGCGAAAAGUUGGGACGGGAAACUGGAGUUUGGAGAAAGAUUCUCGACGCUGGAUCGGAAAUUAGCGAGUCCAGAAGAACAACAACAGUCUUCGCAUGCACCUGGGAACAAAACUUUGCCCAAGACUUUAUCCCUCGGAAAGCCGGUAUUAUCCGGAAUCGUGGCCAGAAUCGGCGGCAGCACUGGAUUGACGAGCUCUUCUUCGUCUUCUGCAAAAUCGCAGUCCCUGGAAAUAACCACUGCCAGCAAUGAAACAACUGGUGCAGAGCUCAAAAACAACAGCAACAACAGCACCAAUGUCAAAGCACCACCACCACCACAAGCAGCAUCAGUAGCAGCAGAACCCAUCGAAUCCGAACACGCACCUGAAGCAGACCCAGGAUUUUUGUCUCUGACCCGAACCAAAGGCCAGACCCGGGCCCCAUUGGGUCGCAAGCCAGCACAGGCAGACAAAUCCUCAAGAACAAACAGCAACAACAACAACAACAACAGCAACAAGCCUGUGUCUUCAGCAGAGAACCCGGACCCGGAUUCAAAAAUCUACACCCAACAUCGAAUCAAUCCUCGUCUCCUGGCUGCACUCAAAUCUAAUGGACCCAGGCGAACUUUGCCCGUGUUCUCAACACCAGCAGUGCCCACGCAUCGCAAUAUCACCAUCACCAACAGUCGUCCGAUUUCCACGGCGCAAAUCCCUCGCCCGAGGAUCCGGAUCCCGUUGGUGAAAAGCUUGGAAGACGGGAUCGCUCCGGAAAUUCCGCGGGCCUCGAAAAGCACGCUUUCCAUCCUGCAAAGAUACAGGAACAGGAACGAAUUGUUCAAGCCGAGAACCGGGCCGACGAUUUUGGAAAGAAGUCGCAUGGCUGCUGCCAAUGCAUCAUCAUCAUCAACAACGACAACAACAACAACAACAACCAUUGGACCGACAUCUACCGCCACUGCAUCAGUGACGACAUUCAGCCCGACUGGCGCGACAUCUGUGGUCUCGGAACGGAUCCCCGAGUUAGUCAACGAUAUUCUCAAUUUGCUCAAGAAUUUGUUGCAGCCGUCGUCUUUGUCAGCCACGUCGACGCCAACGACGACAGCGACCAGUUUCACUACGAGUAGCGCACCAACAGCAGUGACACCACAGACUUUGGAAGCCAUUUUGAAGUACGGAUACGAUCCCGUUGUGACAACUUACAAUCCGCGUUUGAGCAUCGGUGACGUGUUUCAUCCGACACCGAGACCAGUUGUCCCCGUCGACACCCUAUGGUCUCCAAAUGCGUCCAUCAUUCCGAAUCGUGAUGGUGACGUGUUGCCACCAGCAGCGACAGUGACGAGAGUCAAGGCAUCCCGCGACGGCUUCGACGACACCACGUCUGCUGAACCCGCUAGCACAAAUGCUUUGCCAACAAAUAUUGGCGGAAGAGACAUUGCUGGCUUCGGUCACGUUGACGAGGCUGGGCUUUUCAGCACACUGAAACCCACUGGUUUGUAUGAAGAAGAGCAAGACGAAAUUCGCAAGCAAAAUGUCGGAAAGGUGUCGUCGUCGUCGAAUGAAGACGUCGACGAUGAUUACACUGUGUUGGUGUGGCCCCCAGCUGCCAAUACUCACGGACUGCGAAAUGAUCACAACGGACACCAAGGCCCGGACAUUGACGUUCUCAAAGAACCGAAACCCACCGACACUGACGCAUUUUCCAUUUUAAUGCGAGCCGCUGACGAUGAAAUCGACAGGGCUGUCACAUCGUCCUCAAUAUCCUCAUCGUCUCCCCCACUGGUGUCGUCGUCAUCUUCGCCGUCGUUGUCGGCAUCCACAACGACAGUUGGAAAGAAGGCGUCGAUGGACUUUGUGUACCCGGAUCACGUGGAUUCGCGGGGGAACCGGUUGAAGGAAGGCGUGUUCACGAUCGCCAGUGGGAACCCGAGUGUGGGUCGGGGCGAGGGUUCGAGUUCCAGCAAAGAGGGUUCUGGCAACUCGAGCACGACGACCAUUUACAUCAUCGGGAUCGUCGGGGUUAUCCCUGCAGCGGGGGCCUUGGCCUGGGCCGUGAGAACCUUCGUCAAACGAACCCAGCGGAAGAGGCAGCCUGGCGAAACGUCGGGCGAACGUUUGAAUGGUCUCGUGGGCGACGUUGAGAGGCCAGGCGAGGAGGCGGACUCUCCGAUAAGCCUCGGGAACCGCAUGAUUCAGCACCAGAAUUCGUUCGGCGGCGGCGGCGGUGGCGGCGGCGGCGGCGGAAACGCACCCGGCGCCACCAAUACCAUCAUGCGCAACGUGUCCGAUGCGUCCUCGGACUUCCGACCCUCGGAUCACCGAAAUCUCUUCAAACGAACGGUGNCACGGACUGCGAAAUGA